UAAUCUUCAUGAUGUUUGGGAUGUGAGUGAAGGAGAAUGCAAUGUUUUGCUUGAAUCAAAGUUUGAAAAACUGUACGAGAAAAUUGAUUUGACUCUGCUCAAUCGUUUGCUACGCUUGAUUGUUGACCAUAAUAUUGCUGACUACAUGACAGCUAAGAACAACAUUGUAAUCAACUAUAAAGAUAUGAACCACAUUAAUAGUUACGGCAUCAUUCGAGGACUCCAGUUUUCGUCUUUUAUAGCUCAAUAUUAUGGACUCGUGCUGGAUCUACUCGUUCUUGGCUUGCAACGAGCCAGUGAAAUGGCUGGUCCACCCCAAAUGCCUAACGAUUUUCUUAGCUUCCAGGAUAAAGCAACGGAAACAGCCCAUCCCAUUCGUUUAUACUGUCGUUACGUCGACCGCAUCCACUUGUUUCUUCGCUUCACUGCAGAUGAGGCGCGCGAUCUAAUCCAGCGAUACCUGACGGAGCACCCAGAUCCGAACAAUGAAAACAUUGUCGGUUACAACAACAAAAAAUGCUGGCCACGUGACGCGCGAAUGCGACUUAUGAAGCACGAUGUAAAUCUCGGACGUGCUGUUUUUUGGGAUAUCAAAAACCGUUUGCCUAGAUCUACAACAACCGUUCAAUGGGAAAAUAGCUUUGUGAGCGUAUAUAGUAAGGAUAACCCAAACUUACUUUUCAACAUGAGCGGCUUUGAGUGCCGUAUUCUACCUAAGUGCCGCAUGACUCACGAGGAGUUUACGCAUAAGGAUGGUGUCUGGAACUUGCAAAAUGAAAAAACAAAGGAGCGCACGGCUCAGUGCUUUUUACGCGUCGAUGACGAAAGUCUACAGCGCUUCCAUAAUCGCGUCAGGCAGAUCCUUAUGGCUUCUGGCUCAACCACCUUUACCAAGAUUGUAAACAAAUGGAAUACAGCCCUGAUUGGUUUGAUGACAUACUUUCGUGAGGCAGUAGUCAACACUCAAGAACUUUUAGACUUGUUAGUCAAGUGCGAGAACAAGAUUCAAACUCGCAUUAAGAUUGGUCUCAACUCAAAAAUGCCCUCGAGGUUCCCCCCGGUCGUGUUCUAUACUCCCAAAGAGCUGGGAGGUCUGGGCAUGCUAUCCAUGGGUCACGUGCUUAUCCCACAGUCCGACCUCAGGUGGUCCAAGCAGACUGACGUCGGUAUUACUCACUUCCGAUCGGGAAUGAGCCAUGAUGAGGAUCAGCUCAUUCCUAACCUAUACAGAUACAUUCAGCCUUGGGAAUCUGAGUUCAUCGAUUCACAAAGAGUGUGGGCAGAAUAUGCCCUGAAAAGACAAGAGGCAAAUGCUCAGAACCGCAGGUUGACUCUAGAAGAUCUCGAAGAUAGCUGGGAUCGUGGUAUUCCAAGGAUCAAUACACUUUUUCAAAAAGAUAGACAUACGUUGGCUUACGAUAAAGGCUGGCGCAUUAGAACUGAAUUCAAACAGUAUCAGAACCGAUGCAUUGUGAAACAUGGUAAAGUCCACAUACCCUAA